GAUGCCCCAAUAUGGCAGCACCCUUGGUUUGUUGGAGCCAUGCAGCAGUUUGUCUCUAAUGGAAACCAUUUCUUUGAUAUGGCCAGGGAGACAGAUGGGGAAUACAUUGAAAACAUAGAUGUUACUGCAAGGUUCGAUGAUGGAAACCUGUAAGUUCACAACGCUAUUACAUUUGAAUCUCAAGAGGCCUAUGUUACAUUGACACAACAGCUUCUCAAAUCAAAUAGUAUACAUUUCUCAUUUAAUUUCAGGUUCAAAACCCAACAGCGAGAUGGGCUCAUUCUGUUUUCUGGGUUAGGACCAGACUUUUUAGCAAUAGAAUUGUACCAAGGGUUUUUGAAUUAUAUUUAUGACAUGGGCGGAGGAACAAAGAGAAUUCUAGUCAAUACACCAGAAGCAUUAAUUGACAAUAAAUGGCAUGAUGUGUCUCUGUUCCGUCCCCAGAUGGAUCAGCAGCAAAUACGUGUUGAUGAUAACCCUGGACAGUUGAAGAUAUGAAAGGAUAUUCUACCAGACAUUUUAAUUUAAAAGAGCCAUUACACAUAGGCAGUUUAGUGAAGUCAUGAUUUUUCUCUCUGUCUGUGAAGAUUAUGUCAAGAAAUGAAUUUCUAGGAUGUAUUGCAUCAUUUGAUAUAAACGGAGAGAAUAUUAAUAUCCUGGAAGCAGCAACAUAUGUUGAGCAGACGUCAGCACAUUCAGUCACUAGUGGAUGUUCAGGUUCUGAGUUGACUUGCCUGGCAUUUACAUCAUGUUACAAUGGAGGUAGGUGUGAACAGCAGUGGAACUCUGAGUUGACUUGCCUGGCAACGUCAUGUUACAAUGGAGGACAGAAGAUGAGUGUGUUUAACAGUCAAGCUCGAAUAAUGAUUGGUUGGAGGAAGAUCAGUCAAGGUGACUUCACACAAGGAACUGUUUCUGUUGUGUCCCUUGCUUAAAGCUGCUUUCUAUGGAAUUUUUACACGAAGUCAUUGACUGGCGACAUGGCAUGAAGACGGAAUGCACUGAUGAAACCAAGUUUUUCGCUGUUUUCUGGCAGCCAAUGGAACAGCUGAGAAUACCAAUGCAAGUCAAGUGUUGACUUUUCCACAAAAUAGCACAGAUUCUGAGCAUUGUUUCUGUCUGGUCAGAAAAAAAACAACAGAGAAAUAACUUAUCAAUGAUCUAUUCCUGUCUGUUAGUAAUAAUUGAUCGCAAACUGAAUGCUACCAUGGGUCUACUGGCAAGCUUGAAAGAUACAAAGAUAAAGAUGAUUUAUUAAACUUAUUAAAAAUAAUAAUAGGGAAUAUUCAGUUGUGAUAGUUAAAAUGGACAAUAAAAUAUAAUGAGAUCAAGUGCAAAUCUGAUGGUUCAUGAUUGACAUUAACACUUACUGAAUGUAUCAUUAAAGGAUGUUCAAGUAUGACAGCGAAAUAGACAUUAAACCUUAAAGAUCGAGUUCAAAAAUGGUUGUUUAAGAAAAGAUACUGAAAAGACCAAGAUCAGCACUAGCAUGUUAACAAUGUUACAGUUUAUUUUAUAGCAUUUCAAACCCGAUAAUCAAUUCAAAUUUCGAUGCUGUA